UGCAAGGUCCUUCUCGAGUUAUCAUUUUUAUUUUUUUUUCUGGAAAAAGAAAAUAGCUGGGCCUUUUGGGCCAGAGGCCGGCCCAACAAUGAACUUUAGAAGAAUCAAUGAAGAAGAUACAAGCUGGUUUGGAUGGUGGUGUUGACGAUGCUACUGAAUUUCUGAUUCGAUUUGCCGGUAAAUAUUUGAAAUUGGAGGGAACUGCGAGCAAGGGCGAAGCUGAUGGCGGUUCCAACAGAUCCUGCCAUCGAAGAAGAGGAGGAGCACGGUGGUCCGACGCACCAUCCUUCUGCUCCGCUGGAUGAGUCUUUUGACAUAUCAACAACAGUUGAUCCGAGUUAUAUAAUCUCCUUGAUAAGGAAACUGCUGCCGUCGGGUUCUGCUUCUCAGACUGCACCUAAACGAACUUUGAGUAUUAGUAAUGAAGAAGAAGGGGCUCCAGUGUCUGCUGCUAAUGAUAAUGAUCAUGAGCACCUCAAUUCAUCCAGUUAUAAAUAUGAGAACAUGGAUGUUGAUGAUUCUGGUGAAGUGUUUUGUCAGCAAGGAGAAUGUGAUGGUACCAGUAAUGCAGGUAAAGAGCAGGACUGGGAGGAAUAUGGUUGCAUUUUGUGGGAUCUAGCUGCCAACACAACACAUGCAGAACUCAUGGUGGAGAAUCUCAUACUCGAUGUGCUUUUAGCAAAUCUCCUUGUUUGCAAGUCCCCACGUGUUACUGAAAUUAGCAUAGGAAUUAUCGGAAACCUGGCCUGUCAUGAAAUUCCAAUGAAGCACAUAGUUUCCACAAAUGGAUUGAUUGAGAUCAUUGUGGACAAAUUGUUUAUGGAUGAUCCUCAAUGCCUUUGUGAAAUAUGCCGGCACAACAACCAUGUGAUUAGGUUGUUGGCUGUGAGUCUUCAAAGUGGUGAAUCUGUUGCAUGGGCUGAGGCAUUGCAAUCUGAAUAUACACUGUGCCAAAUAUUAUGGAUUGCAGAAAAUACGCUGAACCUUCAGCUUACAGAAAAGAGCAUUGGACUUAUAUUAGCAAUAUUAGAAAGUCAGCAGAAAGUUGUGGAUGCUCUUGUUCCCCCUAUUAUGAAGCUUGGUUUGACAAGUAUAUUGAUCAAUCUCUUGGCCUUUGAGAUGAGCAAACUAAUGAAUGAAAGAAUACCUGAAAGGUACACGAUUCUUGAUUUAAUUCUUCGUGCACUCGAAGCACUUUCUGUUAUAGAUGAUCAUUCUCAGGAAAUAUGUUCAAGUAAAGAGCUUUUCCAGUUAAUUUGUGAUCUGAUUAAGUUCCCAGAUAAAGUGGAGGUUGGGAACUGCUGCGUUACUGCUGCAAUUCUUAUUGCAAAUAUUUUGUCUGAAGUUGCUGAUCAUGCUUCUGAGAUAUCACAGGAUUUUGGCCUAUUGGCUGGUCUGCUUGACAUAUUUCCUUUUGCUUCGGAUGAUUUAGAAGCAAGAAAUGCACUAUGGAAUGUAAUUGCUAGAAUAAUGGUUAGAAUUCAGGAAACUGAGAUUAGUCCGUCAAGUUUAUAUCAUUACGUUUCAGUUCUUGUGAACAAAACUGAUAUGAUUGAAGACGAGCUUCUUAACCAACAAUUGGUCAACUCUAGUCAUGAACAGGAAGGCUUGUCUCCUGGCUCAACCGUGGAUGCUAGAAACACAUCGCUCAAGAAGAUGAUCAACAUUUUGAAUCAAUGGACUGAUGCUAAGGAGACUACUGAGAAUAAGUUGGAUGCCGAUGAUAUUGUCGAUGAAAAAGAUGUGAAGAGAUUGUUGGAUUGUUGUCAUAAAUUCUACAAGUAGAACAUUUUUGUUUAUUUAUUUUUCAUUUUACUCUUGUAAAUUACUGUUGUCCAGAACCCAGAUAGUUUUUGAAGAAUAUACAUUUAUCUGUGCUAUUAUACAUGACUACGUGAGCAAUCUUGACAUUGUCGUCAUCUUACAUUCUUAUCUUCUCAUAAUGUUGUUUGUUGCCCAGUAGCAUGAUCACCGUAUCUAAAUCCUUUGAAUAAAACAAGAGUUAUGCUAA